UCCCUGUGUAGCACAGACCAGGACCAGCUGUGAGCCCCACAGGCUUAGGCACACGGCUGCGGCGUUCCCACUAUUGUGCUGGUUUCUUUAAUCUCCCUACACAGCUGAAGAUGACCUUGAACUCUUCCUGUCUUAGGCAUCACAUGCUCAGUGUGUGCAGUUUGGGGAUGGAACCCUAGCCAAGUGCUCUACCAGCUGAGCUACACCCCAGCCCUCUUUUUUCUCUUCCUGUCUUCCUUCCCUUGGUUUCUCUCUCCACUUUCCAUCCACUUCCCUUCUUCACUUCUUACCUUCCUUUUGGUUGUUGCCGUUUUGAAACGAGAGCUUGCUUUAUAGCCCAGGCUAGCUCUGGACUUGUUAUGUAGUUAAGGCUGGUGAACUAGCUGGUAACUUGCUCUAGCCUUCAAGUUGUACAACUGCAAGCAUGUGCCCCCACAUUGUCUCCAGUGUCGUUGAUAUCCAGACCCUGACCUCCCCCCACGGCCUCCUGACAGUACCUGAUGUGAGACAUUGGGCGAUUUUGGAACUUGCAGGCCAGGCCUCUUCUCCCGCCUCUGCUCCUUACUUUGGAGCAGCCUCUAAUGUACCUAAGCCUCAAUAGUCUCAUCUGUACAGUGGGUAUAACCACCAACUGAUCUGUGAGGGCCAUCAUGAGGGUGUGUGGUGAUUGUAAUGUAUCCUGACCCAUGGUAAACCUCAAAGACUAGGAUAAUUCUCAUUAUUAUUGGCUCCUUAAUGUUGGGAUUCUGGAGCCACACACAGAGUUCAAACAUUUUAGGUAAUUUGAAUCAACAAGAAUGAAGCUACUUUGUGAAGUACAGGCGGUUGUGAGCUGCCUCGGGGGUCCGCGGGGGUUCUGGGAACAGUACUCUGGUCUUCUGCAGGAGUACUGUGUGCUCUUAACUUCCAGCUGUCUUUCCAGUCUCAACAACUGUAUUUAGACAGUUAGAGGUGUGGUGCCUUCAUCCCAGCAAGCAAGAGGCUGAAGCAGGAAGGUGGCUGGGAUUCCUCAGCAGAUUCCCGGCUAGAAACAAACAGACACACUGGUGAUUCAGCUACAGACAAAGCAGACACCAGCCAGUGACCAGCAGACAGGAGCUGCGUGCUCUCUGUUCUCAGCCGUGCUGAUCCUCCUCGGAAAUGUUUUGUUCCACAACUGGAAGUUGUGGUCAGUUACUGCCAAGCACAGGCGGACCAUGCCAGUCAACGCCAAAUUAAAACGCCCUCAGCCUCUUGCCAUCUGGGCACGGGUAUGGACACAGACGUUCCAAUCAGCGUGUCAGUUGUGAAUCGCUUGGAGGUGAUCACAGUAAGGGUUAACAAGCCAGCAUCCAGUGCUGACCCUCUAAAUCCCACUUCUCGUCCUCACACCUCAGCGUCCUGGGUGCUGGCCUUUUAGACCUGUGCCACCAUGCAUGACUUCUCCAAGGAGACCACCAGAGGACUACAUAUGCCUGGAGUCUUAGCUGUGUCCCUAACCUGUGUGCCUCCACAGAUCCUGGGAGUUUGUCUGGAGGAUAUCCCUUCUCUACUGGUUUACAUUCACAUGAGCAAGGGCUUCAUGUUUCUGGCCCUGGCACUGUGCCUCAUUCUCCUGCCCACCAUGUUCCUCUCCUUCCGACCAGUCUGCCGCCGCUUGAACAAGAUUGACUACAUCUUCAGUUUCUUCAGCACUGGCAUCGGGCUCCUGAUUCUCCUCAGCCUGAUGCUCUUUGUCAUCAACUGCAAUAGGCUGCCCCUGAGGCCACAGGUAUCCUACCUGCUGGUCUUCUACCUGUGCUGGUGCGCCAGCGUCCUGAUGCUGUGGGCCGGAACUCUAUCCUUCCUCAACCAAGUGCGGAGGGGGAGCUACAGUUCGCCUAUCAUGGAGCGGAGGGUCAGCUACUUCCGUUGGGCCUUGAGACACCAAUCCCAGCAGCAGUCCAAUUUGGACCAGAGCUCGGAGUCCAUCCAGAAGCAGUCUGCUGCAACUUCUCAGGACACUGCGAAGUCCCGGCAGCCAGAUGCCUCCACCUCUGUCCCUGUGACUCCGUCACCAUCAGACCUCCCUUGAGGUUACACGCUUCCCAUGAGAGCGGGCAGCACCCUCGGGAGACAGGUGGCAAGCCCCGCUCCCCCGCGCAAGGACCCACCCCUUGCGGUCUGAGUCUUGGCGAGGAAACCACUCUGGAAGUCCUCCAAUACUUUCGGCUGUGGCUAUGUCCCUCUGAGCAGCCUGGUCCCUGGUCCCAAGCAGCCAGAGCGCGGUGGGAUGAUCGCCCCACAGGCCACGCCCCUAAGCUGCUCUCCUACCUUUGGUCCAGCCCCACCCACCCAAGGAAUCCCCUCCAGGGGCCCCAGGCGGACACUCUGCAGCCCAGCCUUGGGGACGGUCCCCACCCUUCUGUGGACGGAACCCUCCCCAGAAAGUCAAGGCUUGAUACAACAUCCCGCCCCCUUCCUAGCUUCCCCGACUCAAUAAAACCAGGUCGGCAGU